AUGUCGUUCUUUACUUCCAAAUUUGCUGUGACUUUGGUCACCUCGGCUUUUUUGACAAUUACUCCUAUCAAUACACAGCUCUACAACAAGACAAUACAAACCACUUUGGGUCCUGUUCAAGGAUACAAAUAUUUCGCAGCCAAUGUCAGUGAAGAAUACUUCGGUGUUUCUUCCAGCAAUGUCGUCGCUUUCCUAAGUAUUCCUUAUGCCGCUGAUACUGGCUACCAAAACCGAUGGAAGCCAGCUCAACCUAGAGAGCCAUGGAACGAUACUUUACAAGCUACCAGCUUCGGCCCUGCUUGUCCCACUAGCUCUGCAACGGGCUAUGUGAGCGAGGAUUGUCUAAGUCUGCAUCUCUGGACAAACGCAAACUCUUCCAAUGAUAAGCUCCCAGUCUUGCUUUGGAACCAGGGCUCUGAGGAGGCUAGUGACAAUUCCUGGUGGUAUGGUGGCAAAAUGGCCAUGAAAAAUGUUGACAUGGUCACAUUCAAUCGUCGCGACGAUGUUCUAGGUUAUCUCGCCACCCCUGAACUCAAUGCAGAGGGUCUCGCUACCACCGGUUACAACACUUCCGGCAACUACGGCGUUCUUGAUCAACUUGAGGUCUUGAAGUGGAUCCAAAACAACAUCGCCAACUUUGGUGGUGACUUAGACAGUGUUACAAUUGCGGGUCAAUCUUUCGUCCGCUUUUUUCUGGUUACUUCCACCCGCGGUAUCUCCCAGUCUGGUAUUAGAUAUCCGUAUGAUACACUCCUUGCUGGUCUAGCUACUUCCUACAUCACUAUGGAGAGAGCGUUAGACUUUGGGGUGAACUAUACAGCUUCUCAAAACGUUAGUACUCUUGUGGAGCUUCGUGAAUUGCCUCUGUCAGGCGUCAUUCAAGGAUCCAAUGAUCGUGACUCUAGCAUCUGGUAUAUUACUGCUUUGCUAUGCAACGACCCCCUUAUCUUCAAGCCUGUCCUCGAUGGCUACGUUCUCCCCAUGAAGUACUUGGAUCAACUCAUUGCUGGUCCGGCUAACGAUGUCCCACUUAUCACCGGAAACACCAAAGACGAGAGCGGUGCCUCUACAUCCCUUACCCUAUAUAAUCUUACCGAAUACCAAGAAUACAACGCUCUCCGAUGGGGCAAUCUCUCCGACACAUACUUCGAACUUUACCCUGCAGAUGGUAAUGUUACUCUGGCAAACAUGGCUUGGAACGCUGCUCAAAGAGAUUUCUCGCUUGUCAAUGCUCCACCGGGACAGGAUCAGGGUGCUUUCCAUCAAAGUGAAAUCAUGUAUGCGUUGAAUGCGCUAUACGCCAAUACUGACAAAUAUCCUUUCACUGAUGAAGAUUACUACAUCGGCAAGUUGAUGACUGGCUACUGGGUUAACUCUAUCAGAACUGGUAACCCUAACACUGGUGGAGCGUACACUAAUGGUACUUUACCCCAUUGGUAUCCUAACGAUGGUACAUCCAACUACGUCAUGCAAUUGGAUGAUGGGUGGGGCAACCAUACUGUUUCUUUGACUGCCAAUGUUGACCUAAUUAUGAGCUAUUUUGGACAACAAACUCCUUACUAG